AGUGAAGCGGGAAGAAUACGACAAAUACUACGCGACGACCACAAACAAGAAGAAGAAGAACGCCUCAAUGCGUUUUUCUGUUUUGUGUUCUUUUUUUUUUCUUAAUUUUUUGUAUUGCGUUUUCGAUAUUGUUGUAAUUGCAUCUUCCUUUUCCGUUUGUCGCGUUACUUUUUAACUAACUGCAUCUAAGAUAUUGUUUUAAAGUGUGUGUUGUUUUUUUUUUAAUCCAAAAUUUGUUAAUGGUGUGAAUUGAUCCCAGAAAUUUGUAGGGAACGUAAUAAAAGUGUACAUACACAUGCAUACAGCAAUAACAUUGAUGUGUGUAUGAGUGUCGCAGUGGUUGCAUGCAUCGAAACGCAGCGAAUGUGAUGCAAAGUCGCGAUAAAAUAACUGAAAACAACAACGACAACAACAGCAAUUGCAAUUGCAAACUGCAACUGGCGACAACGACGCGUGAAAAAACUAAGAAAACAGAAGAAAAUAAAAUAAAACGUUGGCUCGCAAACGCGGAAAUGCACUUGAGCGCAUAAUUUUUAUAAGCCAAGCGACACCACAAGAAACAGAAACAACAGCAGCAACAACAACAACAACAAUAAUAAAAACAAAAGCAGCAACAACUACAAAAAUAUACUACAGAAAGAGAAAUAAAGAAAUUGCUUGUCAGCAAAUUGCAGCAGCAGCAACAGAAGUACAAGAAGCCACAACAAAUAUACAAACCACACACACACACAACACACAUACAUUUAAAUACCUGCACACACAGACACGCUGUGUGCUCUCUUCCUGUGACGCGGGCGUCUGUCUGUCGCUGUCCUUGUCACACUGCAGUGUGUUAGUGCGCGCGCGCGCCUUUGCCUAUGCGAGUGUGUGUGUGAGCGAGAAAGGGAGUGCGUGCGUGCAUUAAACGAGAGAGCAAAAGCAAACAAAAAAGAGAGUACAAGCAGUGAGCGCGUGUGUGUUUGUGUGUGAUGAUGAGCGAGGCGCCUGAGCAGCAGACGCAGUAAACGCAAAAUAGCACAAUUAAAACGAAGCGCGCAAAAUGUUGCAGGCGCAUAGCGACGCCAGCAGCACAACAACAACUACGACAACAGCAUUAACAAAGAGCCAAAGCAGCGCGGACAGCAGCAACAGCGAUUGCGUCGCGUCAGUAGCAACGCCAGAGGAGAAGUCGCAACGUCGACGCUCCACGUUCUAUGUGCCGCUGGUCAUAGAGGACGACGAAAACGAUCACAAUUCGAAUCACGAGCAUCAGCAGCAGCAGCAACCACAACUGACGUCACACGGCGGCAGCAACAGCAGCCUAAGCAGCGGCAGCAAGUCUGCCUCGCUGAAAAGCGGGGGCGGUCUAGGAGGAGGAGGAGGCGUCUCCAAAGUGAGUGCCUUGUUUGGUGGCAGCAAAAUGUCGCCACCUUGCGGCUUCAAUUGGAGCAUCAGCGGCAGCGAGGCAGCCGCGCAAUAUUCCGAUUCCGAUGAUGAGGAACAACAGCAGCAUCAGCAGCAACAAUUGCAGCUGCAACAACAGCAGCAACGCCAGGUGGCUGCUGCAACGCCCGCUGCCAAGCUGAAACGUUACGGCAUUGUGUUGAACGUGAUCAGUUUAAACGGCAGCAGCGGCCACGAAGAUGCCAGCAUAGAACCAACAACUGUUGUCGAUGUCGCCUCGGAUAGCAGCAGCAACAAAAGCAGCAGCAACGCGAGGUGCGCACCUCGCACACACUUUAAUGAAGAUAACGAUAUUGUUAUGGCCACGCCGCCUAAACAGCAGGCGCUCUCCCUCUCGCCCGCUCACUCGCGACAGACGUCAGCGGCGACGUCGACAUCGACGUCGACGUCAACGGUGACUGCGAAUGGGGGAGACGACGAUGAUGACUCAGAGAUAAGCCGCAUGCAGACAAACACCUCCACGCCCAUCAAACUAAUGAAAUCGCGUUCGCGCACAAAUAUUCUCGCCGUGCCGUUGCCCAGUGUCGAGCGCGGUCUGGCCACGGCAACAACUCCGGCAACAGCAGCCGCAACAUCGUCGCCAACAUCGCGCACAACAACAACACUGAUCACGCUGCGCGCCAAGUCGAAAACAUUGCCGCAGAAUCUGUCGCCAUCGGUGGCAUUGCGUGAGGCAGCAGCCCUCGAUGACAGUGCCACAACCGCAGCGGCAACUGCAACUAACAAUUACUUGAACAACAACAACAACAUCAAUAAUAGCAGCAAGCAACGUCAGCUGUUCGGAGGUAGUCAGAGUAAUUUCGGAACUAGUUCCAGUUCCAGUUCGCCAUACAAAUUGCAGAGCAGCGCCUCGGCUGCUUCGAUCAUUACGCACAGUUUUCCGCCUAAGAAUUUAUUCCUGCUGAAAUCGACACCGAAACUGGCAGCGGAUGCUGUUGCUGCCACAACGUCACCAAAGUCCUCGCACGUGCCACAAACACCCGCUGCUGCUGCUGCUGCUGCCAACAUUGUCUCGCCGCCAAAGAAAUCGCUGAGCUUUAUACGACGUGCGCAUUCCACAAAAUUAUCGCGCAGCAAUUCGCUGCUGAAAACAAUUGGUGGCGGAGGAGCUGCCACUGCUGGUCAAUCAAUGCAACACGUUGGCAUGCAGUCCUCACACCACCACCAGCAACUGCAACAGCAGCAACAUCAUCACUACUCCGCCUUAUCCGCGUCGAGUAGCUGCGCCAGCGACACCGGGAGUUGGGGCAAGCAUUUCUAUCAGAGCUACGAUGUUUGCCCCUUGGGCCUGGACGAGUUGAGCGCCUAUUUUCAGACGGAUCACUGCGAGGAACUGAUCUGUGAACGUUUCAUGAUCAAGGAUUUGAUGCUGCACUCGACAAGUGAAGCGGCAGCUGCAACGGCAGCUGAGGCAUCCACACUGUCAACGGAUAAGCAGCCGGGAGGCGAUACAACAGCAACGGAAGAUGAUGCGGGACAUCAUUCUGAUACUUCAUAUGAGAAGGCCUGUCGCCGCGGCUCCGCACCCACAACGCCCAUUCUGGGCAGCAAACAGCAUCAGCCGGAACAUAAUGCGGCCUCCCGCUUCACCAACUUCUUUAGCAAGAGAACGAAUCCCCUGAAGCGCACAAAAUCGGUGACCAAAUUGGAGCGCACCAAGCGCGGCUCGGGCGGAUUACGCGGCUCGCGUUCACACGAGAGUCUGUUGUCCAGUCAUGCGGUGAUGUCCACCAUAGAUCUGUCGUGCAGCGGCGCUGUGGGCGUGGCACCCGUGCACCAAUCGGUGCUGGGGCGUCGACACUGCUUCCAGGUGCGCGGAGGUCCGCGAGGUGAACGCUAUUAUUCAUGCGGUUCGCGGCAAGAACGCGAUCUGUGGAUCUACUCGCUGCGCAAGUCGAUAGCACCGAAUGCGGAGCACACACGACGCACCGACAACUCGCUGAAGUUGUGGGUCUAUGAGGCGAAGAAUCUGCCUGCGAAGAAGAAAUACUUUUGCGAACUGCAGCUGGACAAAACCCUCUACGGCCGGACGAGCGUGAAACUCCAGACGGAUUUGCUGUUUUGGGGUGAAUACUUUGAUUUCCCCGACAUACCCGAGAUCAAUGUGAUCACGGUGAAUGUGUUUCGUGAGGUGGACAAGAAGAAGAAACGCGACAAAUAUCAAUUCGUUGGCUCCGUGAAGAUCCCCGUACACGAAGUGACGUCCCGUCUCAUCUGCGAGGAUUGGUAUCCGAUAAUGAGCGAGAAGGCAAGCGACAGUCUCGGUCGCGGUGGCCUAAGCGGUGGCACUGGCAGCGGCAAGGACAAGGAACGCGAAGUGUUGCCCACGCUGCGGAUCAAGUGUCGCUUCCAGAGCACCGACAUAUUGCCCAUCAAUGUGUACGGCAACUUUCUGGGCUACCUCAAGGAGAACUACAAACGGGUGUGCGAAACCCUCGAGCCGGUGAUUGGCGUCAAGGCCAAGGAGGACAUUGGCCAGGCCUUAGUGUUGCUGAUGCAUGCCCAGGGAUUAGCUGGCGCUUUCCUCACCGAUGUGGUUGCGCUCGAUCUGUUGCGGGUGGGCGAUCAACGGUUGACGUUUCGCGGCAACUCGCUGGCCACCAAGAGCAUGGAGGCGUUCCUCAAGCUGACGGGCGAACAGUAUUUGCAGGACACACUCUCCGCUCCGAUCAACGAGUUGAUUCAAUCGGAACGCGACUGCGAAGUGGAUCCCACGAAGACGAGCGGCUCGUCGGCGGGUUCACUGCAACGGCAGCAGGCGGCAUUGCGGGGCGCUGUCCGCAAUGCGUGGCAAUGCAUUUACGAGUCGCACAAACAUUUCCCGCCGCAGUUGCGCGCCUGCUUUGCCACGUUCCGCGAGCGGUUGCAGCAACUAGGUCGCCAGGAUAUGGCCGACAAUCUGAUCUCGGCGAGCAUCUUUUUGCGCUUCCUCUGCCCGGCGAUACUGUCGCCAUCGCUGUUCAACAUCACCAGCGAGCUGCCGUCGGCGCGUGCCACACGCAAUCUGACGCUGGUGGCAAAGACGCUGCAAACGUUGGCGAAUUUCACACGAUUCCAGGGCAAGGAGAACUUUAUGGAGUUUCUCAACGAUUUCCUCGAACAGGAGGCGUCGCGCAUGCAGCAAUUCCUCGAGUACAUCUCGACACGUCCGGAGCACGCAACACCCGAUUCCAUACUCGACUGGGCCGGCUACAUCGAUCAGGGCAAACAGUUGUCAAUACUGCACAGUUUGCUCAGCGAGAGUCUGGCCAAGUUGCCGGAGGCGCGUCAGCAUGAACUCGAUCCGUUGCAGCACAUCCUUGACGACAUCAGUCGGGCCAAGGAGCUGUCAUCGGGUGGUCAUGCCCUCGGCUCUGGCUAUCUGCCCACUGUGAUGUCCACGCACUCGAUUGCCAGCGAGAAUCAGGAGAAUCGUCAGCCUUCCGAUGGCAUGCAUCAGUCGAUGUCCGGCAUGGGAAUGGGACACGGACACGGCCAUGGCCUGGGUCAUGGAAUGGGCAUUGGCAUGGCGCCCAGCAGUUCGACCACAUCGUUGCAUCCACAACAGCAGCAGCAGCAGCAGCAACAACAACAGCAGCAACAGCUGGCGCAGCCACAGCAUGCGGUGGUCAGCAAACCGGUGCCCGCCGAGCGUGGCAUUAUGCGUGGCGUCCUCACGCCCAGCGCCCUCGAGAAGAACAUCUUUCGGUACAAUGAUCCCACGGUGAAUGCUCGUCUGCAGCAGCAGCAGCAACUCGAUGUGCAUCACCAGCAGCAGCAACAGUUGCUCUCGAAUUCACAGAGCUCGAUUGCGGCAGCAGCAACUGGAGGCAGCGGUGGCUACAUGAGUUCCCCGGUGCUGCAGCAUGCGCAGUCGCAGAGUUCGAUGGCCUCUUCGUCGCUGAACGGCAGCAGCAGCAAUCUGCUGAUGCAGCCACAUCCCGCCCAGCAACAGCAGCAGCAGCAACAUUGUCCGCCCGCGCCACAAACAAGCGCUGCCAGCACGAUGGAGCGCAUGGAGCGUUUGGAGCGACUCGGACAGCAGAGCUAUCAGUAUGUGGUCAAUGGCAAUGGCAAUGGUGGCAGCAAUGACUACGAAUCCUCGACAGCGGGAUCGCGUGCACGCACCUUGCCACGCAACAACAACAACAACGCGACGACGACGAAUGGCAACAGCAAUGCGAACAACAACAAUGCGUGCAACAACAGCAUACAGAGCGGCAGCUACGAUGACAUGCAUGGCGAGUUCAUACAGAUCUCUGGCCUCGACACGAGCAGCGCCUUUGUCCGCAAAUCCCCCACGCCCCUGAUGAAGGCAAGUGGCGGGGGAGGGGGCGCAGCAGCAGCAGGUGCUGGCACGCGGGGCGGCAACAGCACACGGAUCAAUCGUCACAAUCUGAACCUGAAUCUGGGCAUACCGGAUCACUCGGGGCACAAUUAUGCGACGCGUGCACCGCUCAAUCCCAACUCGAAUAUGCCCAAGAAUCUGGAGGAUCUCGACGAUCUGUUCAAGUAUGCCGAGGAGCACGAAGUGAUUGCUGCCGAUGCACAGCUGCCAGCUGGUGGCAGCAACAAUCAUGUUGUCGCGCAGAGCAGCAAGCAACAGUUGUCCGCAAAGAGCAGCCACUGCAGCUCGGGCUACCAAAGCAUUUCCACCAAUCCCUCGCCCGCACAAUCCUCCAGUCCCGUCGAGGGUCAACAACAGCAGCAACCACAACAACAACAACAGCAGCAACAGCAACUGAAGCUAGGCGCACCGCUCGCCUUUAAGAAUCCAUCGUAUCAGCUGCAGAGCAGCAACUGCAGUGGCAUGCCACAGCAGACGCCGUCCUCCUCCUCAGCGGGCAGCAGUCGCGGUCCGGCGACGCCGCAACAGUUUGGCGGACGUGCGAAACCCUUGGGCGCCGGUCUGGUUGCAGCCCGUGCCGCGUUCCUCAACAGCGGCGGCACCUUGGACGCAGCCACGCUGACGCCCAGCUCCUCGGACGAACAGCUCUCGGCGGACAAUUAUUACAGCUAUGCGGCGGCAGCGGCAGCGGGCGCCAAUGUCACCGGCGGCAAACUGGAGGCGCAGCGUUCGCUCAGCGGCGGCAGCAGCUCCUCGAACUCCAAUUCGGGUAAACCGCAUGCUUACGGGCGCUUGAAUGGACCGCUGAAGCGUGAGGAUGUCUACGGCAGUACAGUGAACAAUGGGGGUGGCAUAAAUGUGGUGGGCUACGCAAUGUCCACAUCGCAUCAUCUUCACCAGCAGCAACAGCAGCAGCAGCAGCUGACACAUCAUCAACACCUUCAGCAGCAGCAGCAACAACAGCAGCUGCAGCUGGAGCACAAGCAAUAUGGCAGCAGUGGGGCAAGCAGCACUGGUGGCGCCUCCACGACGGCGGUGGCACAGCGUCGCCUCAGUCUCGACUCGGCGCGCACGCUCUCGGACAGCAGCACCGACACUGAGGGUCAUUGCAAUCAGCUGCAGGAGGGCAAACGACGGCGACAAUUGCGCAGCAGCGGCGGCGGCGGCGGCGCCUCGGAAUCGGGUCUGGGCAAGGGCUACGAUCAGAAUGGCGAGAUACAGCUGCUGCAGGAGACGCUCGACACGCUGCGUCACACGCUCGAUCGCGACGAGGCCGAGUUGCGUGAUUCCAGCGAUGAGCUGUUCGCCUUGCAGCGUCCUGGCGGCGCUGCCAAUGGCAAUGGCAUCGGCAAUCUUAGCCAGCAAUCGGAGUCAACCAUGCGCAGCAUUAUUGACAGACUCAUCACCAUGGAGGAAGAGCUGCGACGCGAGCAGCUGAAAAUGUCAUUGGCCCUGUCGCAUAAGCAGCGUGUCAUCGAGGAGCAGGGACAACAGAUUGCAGCGCUAGACGCAGCCAACAGUCGACUGCUGAGCGCCUUGACUGCCCUGCGACAGCGCUACGAGACGCAACAGCAGCAGCAGCAGCAACAACAGCAGCAGCAACAGCAUCAAGCACCAAAGAACCAGAAGCCACAGUGAGCGGUUGGACGGACGGACAAACGGGCAAACAGGAGUUGAAAGCAGCUCCUUUGUGCCUCACACACACACACACACAUCAACAAAUACACACGUUGUAGAGACGCCGCCGUGUCGUCGAUUUAUUGAUAUAAGAUCAUUUUUUGUUUAUUUUUUUUUGUGUCCAAUUUUUUUUCCUAUGCUACAUAAAUUAUGAUACAUGUUUAAUAUAUAUACACAUAUAUAUAUAUAUAUAUAAAGAAUAAUAAUAAUACAUACAUACAUAUGAUAAUGAUAUACAAAUUUCUCAAGCUAUGUUUAAAAACAAAUACAAAAUUGCAACUGUUGCUGCAGCGGCGGCAACAGCAGAAGCUUAUGAUUGUAAACUGAAGAAAUCAUGAUGAUGAAACAGAUGCAGAACAAGUUAAGUUAAUGAAUAAAAUUAUAACCAAA